AGUGCCGUUAGCUCAAAUAAGCAACAUUAGCUGCGUAUACAGCUCAUGCAUGUUCAUGUUCAUUUUAAACCAACAGAUUCCCUCUUUGAAUUUUACUCAUACUGUUUUUGCCUUUGCUGGUGAAGAGGAUUGUUACAGUCAACAUCAGUGAUGGCGAGCCGCCUCCCCUUACACUCAAAGCUCUCCUCCAUCAUGGAGACGAUGGCCAGGUCUGUCCUGGAUCAGAUCUGCAAACUGGUGGAUGAGGACUCUACUGAGCUCCGGUUGGAGCUGUGUCGGCUCUUGGCAGCUAAUUCAACCCUGACAGAGAAAGUAGACAGUCUGGAGUGCGAGCUGACUGUUGCGAGAAGCGACGCCGCCAAGUUGAACAAAAGUUAUCACAGUGUAGGUGUGCAAACUGUCUCUUACGGAGAAGAGGAUGUUCAUGUGUCCGGACCUCCCACCAUCGAGGGGAUCUUUGGAAAAGAUUGGUGUAUGAAUCUGUGGAAAGACAGAGACCCAUACAGCCUGGAGACGGUCACAGACUCACCACAGUUCUCUGACAAAUGUGAAACAACACUGUCCGAUCAAAUUACUGUUAAUGUGAUCAAAGACGUGGAUUACAUGGAGGACGCAGGCAGCAGCUGCCAGCAUGAAACACUUGCAGAAGAACACAACGACAGCAUGGCUGAGGAACCAGAGCACCUGUCGGUUGGUUAUUUGGCCGAUGGCAGCACUCGCAGCCUGUCAUUUUAUCAGGAUGGAGAAGAGGUUGUGUCUGCAGGUGGUACUGAAGAACCAUCCAUGCAUCCGAUAUCCAUCGAUGACACAGAGGUGGCCUUCAGCACUCAUAUCAUUCCAAUUGAAGUGGAGGAGGAGGAGGAUGAUGAUGAUGAUGAUGUACAGUUUGUUAAAGAAAGUAAGGAGCUGACAGUGAAUGCUGCAGAUGGGCCUAGUCACAACAAGCAGCAAACAUUACCUUCUAACACCUCUGCGAACAGCUCUGCUCUGGAUAAAGAGUCACAUGAUGGCUGUAAUAUGCUUCAUGUACAAACCACUAGAGGUCCAAACAAAUUCACAUGUGGAAUAUGUAGCAGGACAUUCUUCCACAAGGGCACUUUAACGCGCCACAUGAAGUCACACAAGUCAAACUUUUGCAGUAUUUGUAAGCAGCAUUUCCCUCGAAGGCAGAAGUUAAACUCACACAGGUGCGUGGCUCCGGUUCCCUCUCAGAACGUCAGUAAGUCAUGUGAGCUGUGCGGGAAGACCUUUGCAAACGCAUCGGCUCUGAGGAUUCACUAUGUUGUCCACACAGGAGAGAAACCCUUCAGGUGCAACUUAUGUGGGAAACGGUUCACCCAGAAAGGCAAUCUGAAAUGUCACCUACGUAUCCAUACUGGAGAGAAACCGUUCCGCUGUACCAAAUGUGGGAAGACCUUCACACAAAAGGUCAACCUCAACCAUCAUUUAAUGGCGCACAGAAAUCACAAGGUUGUGGAAGAAAAGGCCAUGGCUAUGAGACAAAAAAAACCUUAAUGGCUGAAACCUGUGACUGAUAGUGGUACAUGGUCAGUAGCAGUGUUACCUGAAUGCAUCAUGUACUACUUUUCACAUAAGUGUAAUUUAAUUUAAUGCAUUUAAUGUCAUAUUUGUAAUGACUUGUGUGUCGUGCUUCAAAAAAUCAGAACUGUGGAGCAAAAUGGUCCGUUUUUCCGUCAGUUGUGUUUAUUUUAUUUUUUUUAAAGAUUUUUGCCUUUAUUUGAUAUUGCAGCUGGAGAGAGAGACAAGGAAGGGGGAAGAGAAUAGGGAUGACAUGCAGCAAAGACCUCUGGGAUGGAAUGAAACACAGGCUGCUGCAUUAAGGACACAGCCUUCGUACACUCUACCGGGUGAGCUAUCGGGACAUGCCAUCAGUUGUUUUUAUUCAAGCAAUUAGUACCUUUGUAUUUGUGAUUGUUUCUCCCUUUACAAUAUGACACAGUCAUGAAUGUGCACUUGUUCAUUAAAAGUUUAUUUUAUAGAGCUCUCCCUCUUCAGUAUGAAUGACUUUGUCUAAUCUAAACUCCGCUUGCCUUGAACUUUAAAAAUCAGCUUUAUCAGUGGAGUCUUCACGUAUUCAAUGUUGACUCUGAACAAUGCACAUCUGAUGGGGCUUUCUAAGGGACAUGCAGGUGUGUGUGAAAGGGGGGUAAAAAUCAA